CUGGAUGGGAUACAGAGGUCGAGAGGCAUCAUCAUCACCGUCCCCAGAGCGCUCUUCUGAUGAGGAGAUGGGCGACCAAGAGGCUACCCUGGCAGUACCUGCAACCAGUGAGACGAGCUCUAGUGAGGCGGAGUCGACGGAGCCUUCAAGGUAUCAACAGACGAAGCGACGUCGUCGUGCUGAGCAUCCGGUGGUGGUUAGCAGAGUGAUGAUGUACCAACCUAUUCCUAGAGGACUGCCGAUCACUAAAGAUGAUGUUGGAAUGGUGAUGGACAUCCGUAUCGCCGCUGGUGAUUUGUUAGCCCAUAACCCUCUACUGAGGGCCCAACGCUUGUGGUGUUGUUGCAACUCCUCCAAGAGGUCUAGGCUCCUCUCUACUACCAAGAAGCAACGAGCGACGUCGGGAUCCACCUCUAGGGCUAAGGAUAGGUAUAUUACAAUCGCUGGACGGGACCUGGACACGGCCCAGCUGACCUACACUGCCGAUAGCGACUUGGUGUCAGCUGUAGUGCAUGAUGGCCGCUUCAGCCCUACGGACACUCCGACUGAUCUCAACGGUCUCAAGGUCCUCAUUGAAGUGGAAAUGCUGUCGCCAGUGACGCAUUUCCUCAAGGUGGAGCGUAACGGUAUCACUAGCAGAUUCAGGACCAGAAGGUCUCAACGCCCGACUCUAGCUUUCACUAUCAUAUCAGUAGAGCCGUUGGUGGGCCCAGGCAGUCCCCUUGUGGACGAGGCUACUAUACAGUUGUAUUCAACAGCUGGUGUGAAGGACGAGACGGGUGGGGUUGGUUCGUCCCCUGCAUCUUUGCGUUUCCUGCAACCCUAUCGUGGACCCGAGAAGAUCGACACGGCCUAUCUGUGGCUAGAGUACUCCCCACUGUAUGUGCUACCAGCGACGGACUCGGCUGGUGGGGGCUUGGCGGGCUAUAGUCGACUGUAUCGAGAGGAUAUGUAUUUUUGCAUGGACGACUUCUCGCAGUUUGUGCUGCGGAUGGAAGAUCCUGAACUGGAGGGAGAUGAUCCUCGGUUUAAGUGGGUGGAGUCAAGCUCUGAAGGCACGUCUGUCACUGGAUUGAGCUGGAGUGAAAUCGAAUGGGGCUUUCGAAGUCUACGAGUCCGUGGGCAGGUGAGUAGGAGGAUAAGAGCAAUACGAUUUGCCAUACGAGACCAUAUGAUAGGCCAGCUGGCGGCAUCUGAUAUGAAGUGGUUCAAUAAGGUAGCGGCCCAGCAGCCAUUGGCAAGGGGUGAUGUGGAGAGUGUGGACCUUGAGGGUGGGUGUGGAUCGUCGGUGUCAUCGUCGGAAGAGGAUACGACUAUGGUACCCUUUGGAGAACGCACGGCUGAUACUGAUGCUUCGGAGGAAGAGGACUCGAAUGUUAUUCAAAUAGGAGGUGCUGGGAAUUGAACCCGAAUCUAUUGUUGUUACUCAAACGUACACAUAUCUACUU